GACUGGUGUGACUUUGUGAACUGAUCUGAACGUCCCUCACAAUAGUUACAGUGAUGAUAGGCGGCCAACUGCGGCCGCUGGCUGCACGGGCCCUGGCCUCGGCCGUGAGGAGACGCAUUACGAGUGGAGUUGCACCAUCCGCCAGUAGCGAGGAGGAGCGACCGGCGGCGCGGAGGCCUCGCAGCAACCGCAUGGUGGCGGCCGCUUUCUCCCAACUGGAGCCCACCAUCGAGGAGAGAAUCACGGCCGCCGGCACUUCAGUCGAGGAGCUGCUGGCCGUGGCCGCCGACAAAGGCGUGCAGCGGGAUCACGCUCUGAAAAUAGUAGCCUCCCUUGCGGAGCGAGCGGCCGCCGAAGGCCCCGCGGUGUCGGCUAAGUUUGAGAGUGAUCCCCGAUUCACACGGCUGUGCCGAAUGCUCGGCCAUCUGAACAACAGCACUAAGCUGGCGGCCGCCAAGCACGAUUUGGCCACUUUGCUCGGAGUGCCAGACGCUGACGAGGCGGCCAAAAAGGCCCAGUCACUUACAUUGGAACAGACAGUCAAGGUGAUGACAGCCUUGGCGUCGAAAAAAAGCAGGACAGUUCCUAUUUUGCAAGCUCUUUCCACUAACAUAUGUGAGAUGCAGCAAAAUUUAUCAGUCAAACAGGCUUCUGACUUGCUGUACGCUUUAGCGCUGCUUAAUUUUCCAGACGAGAGUUUGUUGGACAAAAUUCAGCAAGGAUUGCAAGAAAAUUUAGCACAAAACAAACAGCCAGCACCAGUGGGCUCGGCGCUAACGAGUAUAGGCAUUUUGCGCUACAGAGAUGCAGCCCUGCUAGAUGCUCUUUCUGAAUGGAUGGUGGCGCACAGUGAGCAGUGCCGGCCGCAAGACCUGGUCUCUUUCCUGCUCACCCUGGCGUAUACAGGUUACGAGCCCUCAAACCUUGACGCCGCACUGGAGGUGGUUUCAAAGAGACUGUCCAUCAUGAAGGAUGCGCCAUCAGCCACUUCGUGGCUGGAAACUGUGUGGGCGCUCACAGUGCUUGGCCGGUUGCAGGGAGCGCAGGCCGCCUCUGUGCUCAACGCAAACUUCCUUGAGCAGCUCAGAGCGAGCUCUGCUCUUGGACCGUCAGCUUGCCUCAAGCUUCUUAAUAUUGACGCCUCAGCUGGACUGGAAAUCAAAGACUUCAAGGGACCUAGACUCGAGAUGCAAAUCCAUAACCUUCUCACCAAACCAAAGAGAAAAGAAAUUCUUGUGCGAAGUGUUUUGGACGCUCUGCAAAAUUUAUUCCCAAGCCCAGGCUUCUUGAACACGCAAAUCGAUUCUGGAAUGGGUUUUCUAGUGGAUGUUGAAUGCCACGUGGACGCCAAAGGUAACGCUCUAGCGCUGGACAAACCUGCUCCAGCCAAAACGAAAUCUUCUAGGAUAGCAAUUAUGGUCUGGGAGUACGCGGAUUUGUGUCGAAGAGUCAGUGAGCCGACAGGUCCAAACAAGCUGGCCGUGCGUCUUCUGCAAGCCCAGGGCGCGCGAGUGCUACAGGUUCCUCAUUCAGAGUUCAGUCCAAAUGAAAAACUCGUUCAAAGAGUGCAAUAUCUUGAAAAGAAAAUUAAAUCCCUGGCUAAAGAAAAGGUUGCUGUUAAGGAGAAGAAAAAAUGACAUAGGGCCAAAAGUGAGACUUCUAAAUCCAAGUCUAAAGAAUGAUUGUAGGAUUUCAAUGAAUAAAUUGUUAACCGUAACUGUUAAAUACGUAAAUCUGGAGGUUUUUAAUGCAGAAAAACACAGGUUAAAUUCAUUGUAAACAUAACAGUUUAUUAUUUGAAAAGUUAAAAAUGAGAUCUUACAACAUCAGUCUUCUUCGUUACGGUUCAGUCUUGAAUUCGAUGGAUGACCAACCACUGGAGGUGUCACUGGAAGGUCACACCUCAGGGUGGUGUUCAUCAUUGUUGAUACCCUGAGAAUUGAAAAUACUUGUAUUAGAACAUUAAAAAUCGAUCUUAAUCCA